AUCCUAAUAGUUUAGAAGUCUUUCCCUGCGUCAAACCGGAGCCCGGUGAUCUUCAUUACCAAAGCCCUGUAAAUGGUCCUUUCAAAAUCGUCCAGCAUGUCAAAUGGCGUGCAGAGUGUAACAUCAGGCCCUAAGCUGCACUUUGUUCGAUGAUAGCCAUUGUCUGAACCUGUUGCAACCCACAUUACCUGCAGCCUGAAUCCAGGUAACAAAUGGGUGCCGGUGAAUUGUCGUUAUGCAUGUGUUUACGCAUUUGGUAGUCUCCUGCAGCAAAGAUUGCAAAAUGAUACAGGAAUAGACCUUUAGAAAAAGAUAAAAUACUGAACACAGCCAAAGAGAGUUGAAUGGAGAAGCAGCAGACAUUAUAACCAAGCUCGGUCUAUGUGUUGGUAUGAGUGGGUAUGACAUUUUGUGUACGCAAAGCGAGGUGAAAAUACGCUACAUACGCGAGUUCACGAAACGACAGCGCUGCGCCUCGCAAACAAACAGCUUGAUCACGAUCGUCGUCGUCUUCGUCUUCGUCUUCGUCGUCGUCGUCGUCAUCAUCAUGAUCAUCAUCAUCAUCAUCAUGAUCAUCACCAUAGUCGUCAUUGCCGCUGCCGUCGCCGUUUUGAGCAACGGCAACAACAUCAACAGCAGCAGCAACAGCAGAAGCAGUCAACGUUUGAGGACUUCAUUUCUUCCCGGAGAACCAUUUCUUCCGCCAGACGAUUAUCGGUGGUUCCGUUUUGCCACGCAACUAAAUGGAUCAGGCGCGUACAGCUUUUGAUUGCUCAUCCCUGCCUACUACAUGAUCACUUCAUUACCGAAAAG